AUGAUUGACAUCGAUAUGAAAGGUGAUGUACUGUCAACUACAUCCCAGGAUUUACAUCAAAGACAUUCUCAUCUUACAUUAAACUCAUCAAUAGAUGACAAUAAUAGUAAUAAUGAUAAAAAAUUUACAACUGAACAACAACCAAAUGAAGAAGUUCAUUUAAGAAAAUCUUUUUCUUUAUGGUCAAUUCUUGGUGUUGGUUUUGGUUUAACAAAUUCAUGGUUUGGUAUAUCUGCUUCAAUGGUUACAGGUAUUCCAUCUGGUGGUCCAAUGAUGAUUGUUUAUGGUAUAAUGAUUAUUGCAGCUAUCUCUAUUUGUGUGGGCGUAUCAUUAGGUGAAUUAUCUUCAGCUUACCCACAUGCGGGUGGACAAUUUUAUUGGACUUUAAAACUAGCUCCAAAGAAACAUAAAAGAUUUGCAGCAUAUUUAUGUGGAUCCUUUGCAUAUGCUGGUUCUGUCUUUACAAGUGCAUCAACUACUUUAUCCGUUGCAACAGAAGUUGUUGGUAUGUAUGCUUUAACACAUCCAGAUUUUAUACCACAAAGAUGGCAUAUUUUUGUCUGUUUUGAAAUUUUACAUGCCUUCUUAAUGAUUUUUAAUUGUUACGGUAAAUCUUUACCAUUGAUUUCAUCAAGUUCUUUAUAUAUUUCACUUUUAUCAUUUUUCACAAUUACCGUAACAGUGUUAGCUUGUUCAUCAGGUAAAUAUAAUGAUGCAAAAUUUGUAUUUGCAACAUUUUAUAAUGAAACUGGUUGGAAAAAUAGUGUUAUUGCAUUUAUCAUGGGUUUAAUCAAUCCAGCUUGGUCGUUCUCAUGUUUAGAUUGUGCUACUCAUAUGGCAUUUGAAGUUGAAAAUCCUGAAAAAGUUAUUCCAACUGCUAUUAUUGGUACUGUUUGUAUUGGUUUCAUUACUUCAUUUUGUUAUGUCAUUUCAAUGUUUUUCUCAUUACGUGAUUUAGAUCAACUUUUAAAUUCUCAUACAGGUGCACCAAUCUUAGAUAUUUAUAAUCAAGCUUUGAAUAAUAAAGGUGGUGCUAUUUUCCUGGGUUGUUUAGUCCUUUUCACAUCUUUUGGUUGUGUUAUUGCAUGUCAUACAUGGCAAGCAAGAUUAUGUUGGUCAUUUGCAAGAGAUAAAGGUCUACCUUAUUCUCAUUUAUGGUCUCAAGUUAAUCCAACUGUUGGUGUUCCAUUAUACGCUCAUUUAAUGUCAUGUGUUUGGAUUGCAAUCAUUGGAUUAUUAUACUUGGCUUCAUCAACUGCAUUUAAUUCUUUAAUUACUGGUUGUAUUGCAUUCUUAUUAUUAUCAUAUAUUAUUCCUGUAAUAUGUUUAUUAUUGAAAAGACGUAAUAUUCCACAUGGUCCAUUUUGGUUAGGUAAAUUUGGUUUAUUUUGCAAUAUCGUUUUAUUAGGUUGGACUGUAUUUGCUAUUGUAUUCUUUUCUUUCCCACCGGUAUUACCAGUUACAAAGGAUAAUAUGAAUUACGUUUCUGUAGUUAUUGUCGGUUAUUUUGCUUACGCUGUACUAUAUUGGAAAUUUAAGGGUGUCAAGGAAUUUAAUUCUUUAGAAGACGACAACAAUGACGAAGAAGAAGAAGAAGAAGAAGAAGUAGAACAAACAAAUGAAUUAUACAGUUCUCACAGUGUUAGUCCUAUUGCAUAUAAUACUGAUGAUAGCUUUGAGAAUACAUCUGACAAUAACAAUGAAAUUAUACAGAUUGACGAAUUUAUUACUUCCAAGAAGUAG